AUGGCCACUUCUACCAUCAACCGGGAGUCAUGGGACUCACUUUCAUCCACGUUCGCAAACCUCGAGGUUUCAUUUUCGCAGGACAGCUGCUAUGGGUCCGAUGAAGUAUCGGUCUCGUCCAAUAACGCUGCACCGUUGCAGCCAACCGCUUCAACCUACACCAUCAAACCGGAGCGCCCUAACCUUCCGCCAUUCUUGAAGUCAAUCCUCAAGAACUCGCGCUCCGAUGAGCAAUGUGACACCGAUUCGGAGUCGGAGUCAGAAUCCGGCUAUGGGUCAGAUGACAUGGAAUCCGAAUACGAUGCUCUCUCUGAAGGCGAGAGUGAUGAAGACGAGGAUGACGAUAUGUCUGAUUUCUCUGUCUGGGAAGAGACUUCUCAAGACGUUCCUGAAACCCGUCAAGACCACACCGAUUCAUUUGACGUUUCUUUCAUCGGAUUUGAGGCAGCUGUUCAUUUCAGCCCAUCUGUCCAGUACAUCGAUACCCCAGAAUACACCGAGGAUGAAGAGGAAGGCUCGGAUUCCCAAAUGACUGUCCAUGAAAUGAUGCUUCUUUCCCUGCAGUCAGGCGGCUCCCAGGGCUCCUUGGUUCAGUCCGAUGCGGACGAUAUGUCAGAUGACCUCUGCGAUGAUAGAGAAUUCGUUCAAAAUUGCACUCAUCAUCCUGAAGAAUACACUCUCGACGGUGUUGACUUGGAUCGCAAUCUCUUCGUCGCGUUGAUCAACGGUAUCCAUGGGAUUGCCGAUCACAAAUACAAGAGCUAUCUUCGCCUUCAUGUCGACAGCAUUCGUCUGGGCCACGAAACAGAGCCCAUGCACCCCGACGAUCCCCCGUGCAUGUAUCUCGAUUCAAUCGUCACUCACGUCAUCGGCAUUUUUCGCAACCUCCUCGCAGUGGAUGAGCUUGAUCGCCUAGUUGCCCUGCGCAAUGAAGAUCUAUGCGACCAGUCGACAGAUUCCGAUUCCUCGGGCAAAUCUGCGAGCGCCCAUCUCCUUCUCGACAAGAUCGAGCACCUGCUCCUCAACAGGUUGGCAAGUGGUCGUGUCGACAUCAGCCCAGAUGAAUUGAGUUUCCUUGCUGGUGGCGUUGCCCAUGCUCUGGGAACGCAGGACUUGCCUGCAUCAACGGCAAUUACGGUCGAAUAA